UGGUCUCAGCUCCAGGGGCCCUCCCCCUGAAUUUCAUUUCCUGAUAAAGCGAACCUGAUAAAGGUUUAGGAAUUUGGAGAGAUCUCCUGCAGACACAGCACUAGAAAGGAAGAGAGGUGUGAGUCUGGACAGAGCGACAAAACUGCUGACCCCCAUGAUGGAUCUCUCGGCGACCUUUAUUAUUUGCUUUGUGAUGUCCCUUCAGUGCACCUUCCCUGGGGCUGCCCCAUGCCCUCCUGUGUCCUCUCCAAACAUCACAGAGUUCGUUUGUUCCUCCCCAACUCUCAGCGAUUUCCCGAGCGGUUUCCCCAAACAGAUCCGAACCAUCUCCGUCGAGUUCACCAACAUCUCUAUCAUCAGCGUAGAUGCCCUCCAGGCCCUUCCUCACCUCCGGGAGCUUCACCUCUCCAACAACAAGUUGAAGACUCUUCCCAGCAGCCUCUUCCGUGACCUCCCAGAACUGACCGCUCUGGAUCUCACUGGCAACCUCCUCAAAGAUCUCCCACCGAGGAUAUUCAGAAACAACAGUGCCUUGGAGCAACUCUCGCUGAAGGAAAACCAGUUGACUCUUCUCCGUCCUUCGUGGUUUCAAGCCUUACGGAGUCUCAAGAUCCUAGAUCUCUCCAACAACAAGCUGAAAGAGGUGCCCGACUUGUGCUUUGAAAAGCUGGAGCAGUUGACCGAUCUGGACCUCUCACACAACUUCCUCCGCACGCUCUCAGCACCGAUAUUUGAGGGUUUGCCCCUCCUGACGGGUCUCAACCUAGAAGUCAACCAGUUGCAAUCGAUCGCGGAUGAGACCUUCCAUGCCAUUCCAGAGCUGAAGUUCCUCUUCCUGCAAAACAACAGCUUGGAUAAACUCCCCGCCAAGGUCUUUGAGCCGCUGAAGUUGCUCGAAAUGUUGGAUAUCUCCCACAACCGGCUCUCUUCUUUGGCUCCUCCAUUCUCUGGCCAAGUCUCCGAACCAGGUCUUGACCUUUCCGGAAACCCAUGGGUCUGCGAUUGCCGCAUGCACACUCUCAUAAACUGGGCCAAGAAUAAUUCAGUGAGCCUUUAUUCCAUGAAGGAAAUGAUCUGCUCCUCUCCUAAGGAUCUUGAAGGCCGAGUGGUAACCUCUCUCAGCGAGUCCGAAUUUAGUUCCUGCUGAAAUCCUUGAAACGCAUCCACUUUUUUGUGAGUUCCCAAACCCACCCUGCAAUUUUUCCUUUGGCGGAACGGCACACGAAAGACUUUGCAGAAUCUCCGAAUUCUUGCUUCCUCCAAUAUAUGACCCCUUACAGUUGCCGUUCCUUCUUCUAGCUAAUAUUGUCAACUCAGACUUUGCACGAUCUCCAAAUCCUCACUUCCUUUGACGUCUGACCUCAUACAGUUGCCGUUCCUUCUUCUAACCUAAUGUUGUCAACUCAGACUUUGCAAAAUCUCCAAAACCUCUGAUAUCUGACCUGUUACAGUUGCUGUUCCUUCUUCUAGCCUACUAUUCUCAACUCCAUCUUUGCAAAGUCUCCAAAUCAUCACGCCCUCCGAUCUCUGACUUCUUACAAUUGCCGUUCUCUGUUUUAGCCAAACCCUUCCUCUAAGGUGGCCCUCUGUGAUCCUAUGAUUGUGCAAAUGUUAUGAUUUUCCCCUGGGACUGCUAACCCCCUUCCAUCCAUACACAAUAUUGCAAGCCGCUCUCAUUGCUCUGAGCUUUGGCCUGCCUCUUGAGGCUUUCCUUUCAUCUAAAAUUGGGUUGUCCUUCUGCAAACUUUAGGAUUCCCCCCCUGAGAAUAUUAAAUCCCCACGCACGCUUGUUGCAAUUCCCAGGGGUCUUGUUUAGACCAUCCCCAGCCAAAUCCGCUAUUAGAAGAAGCAAUAGUAAUGGUCUAUUAAUAGCUUCUACUAACAGUGCAGCUGGGGUUUUUGUUUUCCUCCUUUGUUCCUUCGCUUUUCCUUUCCUCCACCCGCCCGCCUUUCCUUCGCCCUCCGCUCUUAAUUGGAAAGAAAACGGCACAAUGCAAUCCGGGCCCAACAUCGCUCCGGAAAUUUAUGGCAAAGCUGCACUCCCAUGGAAGUUUUAAAUUAAACCCAAUUGCUUAAAGAUGCCAGGCAAUUUGCUGUGAUUUAACAGAGCAAUAAAAAAAAAAAUCCAGCGCACAAAGUCA